GAGAAAGGGCGAGAUGGAGAGAGAGUGAGAGGGAGAGAGAUGGAAAGAGGGUGUGAGAGAACAGUGUGUGUAAACCUUUGAGUGCGCAGGAGUGUAUAGGUACCAUAGACAGCACCAGCCAUCACACGUUGCUCUCUCUCAACACGGAUCAAGUUUCAACAAACCUCACGACGAGCGCUUUACCUUUAAAAAGAUUCCCAAGUUCCGUCUCUGAGCGCUAGUUUUCACUUACGGUAUUUAUUUAAUGUUGUAGUGGAAACUCUCCGCGGUAAACCGAAGGAGUUAUGGAUUAGAUAGACGCUGUGUUUGCACGAAAAAAGGAAGCGCAUCCCCGCUCUAAACAUAGUCUCACUGGUCUCCUCGUGUGGAGCAAUGCCCGGGCAAGAUGUGCUCCAGCCGCAAGAUCCUGUGGAGCCUGCUGCUGCUGUCGGUUGUGGAGGUGGGCCUGGGCGUGGCCAGCAUCGUCCUGGGGGCCGUGGGUAUCAGCUGGAUACGAGACGAGUACAAGCCGCAGCAGGGCGACGCGUCGCCGGUUUGGAGCGGACUCUGUUUCCUGGUGUGUGGGGUAUGUGGGAUGCUGUGUGCCCGAAAGAGAACUGGUCUUAUCAUGAUUGUGUUUUCCGCCUGCUGUAUCUGUGGUCUGAUCGGGGGGAUCCUCAACUUCCAGUUUGUGCGUGCGCUGAGCAAGAGGCCGGACACCGCCAUGCACUCGGUCCAUCUGGCGGCCAUGACACUGGCCUGUCUAGGCAUCUCCUCCUGCACGCUGUCCGCCUGGCUGACCUGCCGGCUUGCCAGCUCGGAGCAGCAGAGGAUGUUCCUGGAGAGAGAGCACUCUUUGCACCACUCCCACGAGAUGGCCGAGAAGGUACGGCAGACAUGGCAGCAUAAUUGAUAAGAGAUCCUAGAGAACUCCAGUAACGGCAUUCCCCAGAUUUCUUAUAACGGAAACAGCAGUACAUCACUAUAACGACCAGGCGCUCCGGACAGCAUCUCUUGGAAGGGGUUUCGCUCAGGCCCGUUGAAACCCUCCAUGGUUGAAACAAAUACAACAUGGUGCGCAAUUUGGGCUGUACUUGCGUUCAGCGGCAUCCAUGGACCUGUCUGGAUUGACUACUUGUGUACACUCUGCAGAGAGGAGAGAGUGUGUCAGUGAUCAGCUAUUGUCUUCCUCAUUGGAAGUGAGGCAGAACAUGUUAUCUUUGGGAACAAAGGGGAAUUAAAGUGUAAUUUCGGCGAAAAUUUAACCCAGGGUAUUUUUCGGCAUAAAAACCCAUAAAAUAAGCCCUAGAGACAUUUUUAUUCAAUGAUAAUCGAGUAUAGAGCUUGCCCUCGAAUGCCCGGAGCAAUGUAACAGCUCAAAUAGCUUCCAUGUUAUUUGCUAAGGGCAGUGUGAACGCUUCCAAAUGGAAAAUUUGGAAGCUGGAAACUAAUAUUGCUCAAAAUAGCACCAAACCUCUGCAGUAGCAUGACUAGGGUCCCUGCAUAUAAAACAAAGCAUUAUCAACUUAGUUUGUGUACCGGGAGGUUAUUAAAAAAUACUAUAUUCCAAGUCUGUGCCUUACCGGUAGGUUCAUGUUUCCAGGAAGUCCACUAAAGUAGAUUACCGGCUACUGUAAAUAAUAUAAUAGAGGCGCCAACAAAUUGAACUUAACAAUAUCCCCUCUUGAUACUUGGCUGUUUUAAAAAUGUUGGUGCCUCUAUUAUAUUAUUAUUGGAUUUCCUUGAACCAUGGACCUACCGGCAAGGCACAUGGAAAACAAUCUUCUUUGAUAAACUCCUUCUAUGCUAAUCUACUUUUUGAUGCUUCGUUUUAUGUGUAGGGACCCUACACAUGCUACUGCAGAGGUUUGGGGCUAUUUUGAGCAAUAUUUUGGUUAAAAUGUCGAUUUGGAAGCGUUCACACUGCCCUUAGCCAAUAACAUGGAAGCCAUUGGGGUUGUUACAUUGCUCCGGGCAUUCGCAGGCACACUCUGUACUCGAUUAUCAAUGAAAAAAAGUGUCUGGCGGGCUUAUUUCAUGGGUUUCAUGCCGAAAAGACUCUGGGUUAAUUUUUCAUCGGAAUACACUUUAAGGCUUGGCAGGUACUGCAUGAACAUAUCAAAAGUGUGCGUUUGACGUGACACACGACCAAUGGCCGCUAUUUUUACUGAUACUUCAGGUGAGGAACGUCUGCGUGAUGGAACCUAUGAUUUUGUCUAUUCAGCAGGAAGAACUACGUCGAUAAUAUCCAAUCGUACCAUACGCCUCCGAGGAAAUAGCACAAACACGGCAUGCUGUUGUUUAUUUUUUAUCAAGAGCUACCGUUGUUUUCUGUACCUGUUCUUCGUCUAUUUCUCUCUCUCUCUGUCUGUCUCUCUGUCUGUCUGUCUGUAUGUCUGUAUGUCUGUCUCUCUGUCUGUCUGUCUGUCUGUCUGUCUCUCUCUCUCUCUCUCUCUCUGUCAAUCUGUCUCUCUAUCUCUCUCUAUGUCUCUCUAUCGCUCUCUCUCUCUCUCGCCUUCUCUUUACCUCUGUCUCUUUCUAUAUCUCCCUCGGUCUUCCUUAUUAUGAAUGCAGAUUCCUGGUACAGCCAGCAGUAUAGCAUUGUUGUGGAUAUAUAUAUCAAGUGAAAAUAGAACAAUUCGUAAUUUACAUUGCUGCUUGUAUUUAACUGGUCAAUAUCCGUACACCAAACAUAUUUUUCUAUAAGCUUCUUAUAAAAACUGAAAUAAAUGUAACACUGUUAAUGCACCUUGCUUAUGUUGCUGUUUGUCAGGCUUGAUCAAGAGAUGAUGUAGCCUACAAGACAUAUGCACGUCCUCGCACACACACACACACACACACACACACACACACACACACACACACACACACACACACACACACACACACACACACACACACACACACACACAUACACACGUGCACACACAUGCACACAAACACACACAUUACUAGAAAUAUCCACUUCAAGCCCUAUUUG